AUGUACACACGCCAACGCAGCUCGACCGGCGCUAUGGAUACCGGCCCGCCAGCCUCUCGAUUGACGCGCCCGACUGCUGACGCGCAGACGACGACACCUAAACAUUCGCAGCCUCAGUCACCUCCCGACCGACCUUCGCUUUUGCGCCUGCCUUCCUCUGCAAGCUCGGUCGCGACGUCCAUUCGCUCGCGCAGGGUGUCCAACCCCGCUGCCGCGCGCACACCGACAACCUCAGCGACGGCGACGCCUGCAACCACGCCCUCGUACUUUUCGCCCCAGCAAGCUUCAGCCGGCAAGGAAGUGCGUUCUCCGGGGACCGGCCGCCCACCCGCCUCCUUCAGCUCCUUUGGCAAGGCCUAUGGCGAUACGUCGCGCGGCCCUCCAAUAAGCGCGUCUGGCACCUGGCCCAAACAACACACACCCACCCGCUCGUUCUCAGUCUCUGCGGACCGCAUGGCUGGCCCCAGCGACGCCUCUUCUUCUUUCGACUCGGCCGCGCGCCCGCGGAUGCAGACGCGGCGCACCGGCGAGAGCCGCUAUGGGGACAACGAUACCUCUGGCGCUGAAGACGGCGAGGAUUUGUUCCUGAACAUUGCCGAAGACAGUGCGAAGGACCCCACUACAAACGCCAUAUCGCGAUCCGACAGAGUACGGUCCCGCAUAGCCCGUAGCAACCGACAAUCGUUACCUUCAUCCAUACCCUCAUCCUCUCCAGCGGUCGCUAGCUCAACCAGGCCGAAUGGCGCCAGAAUCCCCACGGCCAUUGAUACCUCAGCAGGCAACCAAUACCGCCGCUCAUCGCUCCUUCCCUCUGCGACAAGAUCUACACGGGAAGUGUCCCCAUUGACACCGUCCAAUCCCGUCUUCGCACCACGUACGCGCGUUCAAGAACUCUCGCCUGGGACGCGACGCUCGACUACAUCGUUGGCACAGAACCAAGAUCAGGAAUCGCAACCUCACUCGGCGCGCGCCGAUGCAGGCUCCAGCUUCUCUCCCAAAGAGUAUGCACCACAGGUCGACACGGUGAAGACGCGGCAGCAAGACUCCACUCUGUCACCAAAGGACUUCUUGGCACAGCUCGAAUCAGGCAGGCGGCGUCCUUCAUAUCCAGAUGCGCUGCAGACCCCACCCAACAAUCGCAACGGCCCGUUCAAACCCUCGAACCUUCAUUUCCAUUCCUCUUCGCGUGACAAUGCUACGAUACCACAUAUCGACACACCUCCCGAAGCGCGGUCACGGUACGAUGGCACAGAGGUUUCAGGCAGCUCGGCAGCUGCUACUUCAAUGUGGGAUGAGUUGGACGAGCUGAAGUCAAGAAUGAAGAAGCUGGAGAUGGGCGGAAAAAUGCCAGCUACCUCAGGCGCCGCAAUCGCUCAGGCUUCCGCAGAACGUCCACGAACGGCGAAUACUGCGGCCACUACAGUGUCCUCUUCUCCUAAACAAGAGCGAAAACCAGCAUCAGCCGAGUCUACCGUGCCCCUUUCUACUUCGAAGAAAAUUCACCCUCUGCUGCAUGAUGCCUUAGCCAAAGUGAAAUCGCACGCCGCACCUGCCGUUUAUCGCACGCUUGAAGCUACCGCCCAAGAAGCGCUCGCUUUGGCUGAGAUGGCGGGAAGCGGUGGCCCGCAAGGAACAUUCCACUCAACAAGUUCGAUCCUGGGCGGGCACGCUCUGCCUGAUCGGCAGGUUCGACGAAAAGCAGACCACAUCUGCCGAAAUUUGACUGAACUAUGCAUUGAACUUUCCAACAGUAGUAAACCGUUCACCUUUUCCAGCCCGGCGCUCCAGAGAACAUCGACUGCAGCGGUAUCCCGUCGACCUAGUCUGCAGUUAAAUGGUGAUUCACCCACUAUUCGCAAAAGCAUUGAACCGGAGAGCGAUGUACACCCUCGAUCGAGUCCCAGCAGGGCAAUGAGUCGCAUCGAAGCGCGUCGAACCAGUGUAUUGGGUAGGCGCGAGGCAAGUCAAGAGCCACCGACUCCAUCACAGUCCCAAGCUCCGUCGCGCCUAGACGCUCGUCUGGACCGAACGAGCACCAGCCUGUAUCGUCGCCAUGAGCGUACGCCAGGUGACGACGACGAUCCAACCUUGACCUUGCGGGCACCUUCGCGUGCGAUGACCGACUUCAGGGAGACGCGUGCCGCACACAAGUCGCGCUAUAGCAGAGAAUACACCUCACAAGAGCCCAUGCCAGAUUUGCAGCCUUCCCCUGCUUUGCCGACACCAAUACCCUCAUCGCGACGGACAACUCUGACCGGCAACGAGAACAACCUUCUUUACCGGGAUAGAGACAAUACGCAAAGUGCUCUCGGUGCCACUCGUCGGUACGGACUUACUAGCCAGAACUUUCCUGCAACAGAGAAACAUCCGGUGGCCAGAACCCAAUUCGCCUCGAACAGGAACUCAGUAGGGGGCAGCUUCCCGCUUGGGCGCAGCGCCAGUCUCAGCCGCAGGCGUGUUAACGCAGACUGA